AUGAAGAGCUCUCAGUUCAUAAAUCAAUCAGCACGAUUUAUUGAAAGUCCUUUUGUAUUAGUUUCAAAAACUCCUAUUGAUUCUGGUGUUUGGACUAAUGAAAAUAGACUAAAUAUGAGUGUGAAGCCAAAUGCAGUUGAUAUUAUUGUUCAUCAUCUUGGUGUAGUCAUUGAUAAGGCAACUGGAAAUUUGGAAUAUUUAAAUCAUUUGACAAUCAUUGAUACUUUUACUAUUUCAUUACGUGACUAUCAAGCUACAGUUUAUGGUACUUCACCUAAUAUUGUAAAAAAAUCAAUCAGAGGUCAAAUAUUAGGAACCAGUCUGCAGGUAGUAUAUAGUGUACAAUGCAUUGGAGAUAAAAAUGGUCCAAGCUGUGAUCUAGUGUGUGCUCCGGCGCCAUCUAACAAACGGUGCGCAGCUUGCGUGUCUACCCUCACGGGCAUGCAAAUUUCAUGUAAAUAUCUUGGAAGUUCUAUUACAAAUUGUAUUCCUUGCCCACUUAAUUUGACGAAAGAUGGGACAGAAUGUGUUACUCCAAGGAUAGAUCAAACUGAACAAGAUCUCGUUUCUUCAGUUUUUCGUAUUUGGACUAUUGUACUUGGCUGUCUUUUGGGUAUUGCAAUACUUCUGAUCAUUUUUCUAGUCAUUAUAUUUGCCAUUAUUCAAAAACGUGAAAAAGCUUGGAGACGAAGUCGUCAAUACGCAGGAAUGACCUAUAGCAUAGAACCAAGUAGAGCAUUCUUGUCUCAAGAAAAUGAUGAAUGGCAUCGAAGUAAAAUUAAGGCUACGAUAAGCGGAUCUCGUACGGAAACGACUGAAGAACCAACCGAGGAUGAAUAUGUACGCAGUGGUGUUGUACCAGUAAUUCGGCGUGAAGCUCAUGUUUGA